UCGCGGUAUUCAGGCGGUCAAUGCCUGAUAGGAAUAAUGGCCGCCUUCGUAGCAAUGGCUGGAACGGGGAACAACACAAGCGGCAUACCGGAGCGUUUUAGCUGACCAGGAACAGCGUAAAUUACUGGGCACCCCCUUCUACCCGGUUUUCAGAACGGAUGGGUAGAGGGGGUUUUGCCAAAGGACAAAAGAAACGAAAGAGACUCGGAGGGAAGAGGAGGGACGCUAACGCUGCCUUUAUAGCUAGCACUAGCUAGCUAGUUGUCGCUGCCGGGGAAGAAAUCCGCGGAGUCGUGACAACCGUGCGUCGGAACGGGUGAAGGAAACAGCAGUUGAACGCUGGAGCGUGUGAUCAAACAUCUGGCUAAGCGCUAAUAUGAGUGGACCCGGACAGGACAGUGAGCCAGAGGCCAAAGUCCUUCUCAUCAAGCGACUCUACAGGGCUGUGGUGGAGACUGUGCACAAGCUAGAUGUCAUCAUCGGCAGCAAAUCGUCCUACAGAGAAGUCUUCAAGCCGGAGAACAUCAGCCUUCGCAACAAGCUGAGGGAACUUUGUGUGAAACUGAUGUUUCUGCAUCCAGUGGACUAUGGCCGCAAGGCCGAAGAGCUGCUGUGGAGAAAGGUUUACUAUGAAGUCAUUCAGGUUAUCAAGACCAACAAGAAGCACAUCCACAGUCGCAGUGCUCUGGAGUGUGCCUACAGAACUCACCUGAUAGCCGGCGUGGGUUUCUACCAACACCUGCUGCUCUACAUCCAGUCACAUUACCAGCUGGAGCUGCAGGAUUGCAUUGACUGGACCCACGUCACAGAUCCACUGAUAGGGCGAAAGAAACCAGUGUCAGCCACCCCCAAGGAGAUGGAGUGGGCACAGAUGGCCUGUCAUCGCUGUCUGGUCUACCUUGGAGAUCUAGCGCGCUACCAAAACGAGCUUGCAGGAGUGGAGGCUGAGCAGCUGGCAGAGAGGUUUUACCAUCAGGCAUUGUCAGUUAUGCCACACGUAGGAAUGCCUUUUAACCAACUGGGCACACUGGCAGGGAGCAAGUUCUACAAUGUUGAAGCAACUUACUACUACCUACGCUGCAUUCAAUCAGAUGCCCCCUUUGAGGGCGCCUACGGCAACCUGAAGCGCCUGUUUGACAAAGCUGCCAAGAUGUAUCAUCAAGUAAAGAAACAGGAAAUGAAGAAGUUGUCUCCCUCUCGACAAAGAUCGAAAGACAUUAAGCGGCUCCUGGUGAGCUUCAUGUAUCUGCAGAGCCUGCUGCAGCCCAAGAACAGCCUGAUGGAAACGGAGCUGACUUCACUCUGCCAGUCGGUGCUGGAAGACUUCAACUUGGUGAUGUUCUACCUGCCACCGCCAACACAUGGCGGUGCUCACCACACCCCUAGUGAGGAGGAAGAGGAGCAGCAGCAGCACAGUGACAGCUCCUAUCCUGUGCUGCCUGACAACCUAAUCUUCAAAAUGGUGGUCACAUGUCUGAUGGUAGUGCACAGCCUUAAGAGAGGAGGUUCAAAGCAGUACAGUGCAUCCAUAGCAUUCACUCUGGCCCUCUUCUCCCACCUUGUAAACCACGUCAACAUCCGGCUUCAGGCUGAACUGGAAGAAGCAGAGAGUCAGGUGCCUCCACUUCAGACUGACGCUGCAGAUGAUCUGGACAUGAAGGAUCUGACAGCUGCACCGAAAGAUCCCUCUGGUGAAAGGCCUUUGCAAAAUGGUUCCCUGGAGCAAGAGGAUGAGGAGGAUAAGGAUGAAGAUGGCUCUGAAAGGGUUGCAGCCAACAAGCACAGCAGCAUAGAAGAACAACGCAAGAUGAACGAAGAGAAGCAGAGGCAGAAGAAGAAGUACAGCCGCCUUUGUCGACUCCGCCGUCGCCGCUGUGCUCGCAAAGACGGUCACGGAGAGGAUGAAAGUGACUUGAGCGAAGGCUUCGAGAGUGAAGAAGAAGAAGAUGACGAUGAAGAAAGAGGGGGCCGUGCUGAUUCAACAGGUGGGACCACAACAGGAACGCCAGUCAACUCGUUAUCUGUGAAGAAGGAGCCCAAGAGAGAUGCCUUGGGCGAGGAGGGCAGCUGGGGAAGCGGCUCUGAGGAGGAGGAGGAAGGAGGAACAGCAUUUGAUGUAGAAACUGAUUCAGACAUGAACAGUCAAGAGUCUCGCUCAGACCUAGAAGACAUAGAGGACACGGAAAACUCAGAGGGUCAUGCCCGGGAGCACCAGGAUGAUGAAGAUGAGGACCAACCAAAGGAAGGCGGAGGAGAGAGGGAUACCACCGACACCCCUCCGACCACUAAUGGGCCUCUCAUGUCCAGUGACUCCAGCAUUAGCAGUAACCUGCAGGCCAUGUCUUCUCAGCUCUUCCAGGCUAAGAGAUGCUUUCGCCUGGCGCCAACAUUCAGUAACAUGCUUUUAAGGCCUCAUGCUUCGUCUUCCCCGAGUAUUCCAACCCCCACUGACAGCUCAGCUCCCCCCUCCCAAGAGACUCCUCCUCCUCCUCCUCCUCCUCCUGGAGAUUCCCCCUGUGAAAUGAACCCCAGUACUGCCAAUGGAACCAGUGAAAAUGACUUGGACUCUGAUUCGGAAGAAAGUCAACACAGCACUGAGUCAGUACAUAGUGAAAAAACCCUCUUAGAGAAACUGGAGAUUAUGACCAAUCAGGGGUUAAUCCAGGUUGUUAAGGUGUUUCUUGACUGGCUACGGACAAAUACCGAUAUUAUCCUCAUGUGUGCGCAGAGUUCUCAAAGCCUGUGGAACCGACUGUCUGUGCUGCUGAACCUGCUACCAGAUGGCAGCAAGAUGCUCGAGGCUGAGCUCAGUCUGAACGCUGAAGUGACAGAGUUGUUAAAUGAGUGUGAGCGACCGGAUUUGGUCCAGAGUCUGCUGCUGCCUGAGGAUCUGGCUCUGCGACACCUGCCUGCUCUCAGUCUAGCCCACCGCCGCCUUGACUUUUCCCGGCGCAACCCCUCCCUCAGUCCCCUACAAGAGUGUGUGGUACGAGUGUGUUGUAUUCGCAGCUUUGGCCACUUCCUGACAAGUCUCCAAGGCAACGUGCUGCACUUUAACCCAGAGGCGGGCAUCUUCACCAGCGUUAGUCAGUCCAAACAGGAUAAUCUGGUGCAGCAGGCCAAGGCCCAGUUUCGUAUGGCUGAAGAGGAGGCUCGUCGAAAUCGAUUAAUGAGGGACAUGGCCCAGCUUCGACUACAGUUGGAGGUGUCACAGCUAGAGGGCAGCCUUCAGCAGCCUAAAGCCCAGUCAUCCAUGUCUCCCUACCUGGUGCCAGACACAGCUGCUCUGUGCCAGCAUCUGAACCUCAUCCGGCAGCUGGCUGGUAGCGGCUGCUUUAUCAUCAUCAUCCCACGAACAGUGAUUGAUGGACUUGACAGGUUAAAGAAGGAAAAUGCUGGUGCGAGGGAUGGAAUCCGCUUCCUGGAGUCUGAAUUUCGUAAAGGCAACAGAUACAUCCGCUGCCAGAAGGAGUCGGGUCGAAGUUUUGAGAGAGAUAAGCUGAAGCGGCAGGACAUCGAAGCCUGGCAUCUGUACAAGAUGGUGGAUAGUUGCCGUCAGCUAACAGUCUCCCAGAGCAACGGAGAUGAAGAUACAGCCGGUAUGGUGACCAUUCUUACAGGCCAUGAAGUAGAGGAGCUUUGCUCUCGGUCAGCAGCGAUGAAGGCGGCGAUCCAGGCGGCUGGCUCAGCAGGUAUGGAGCUGAAGAACAUCGUGGAGUUCUACCGUCAGUGGAAGGAGAUUGGCUGAGAGGUCAAAAGGGGGGCAGCUGUCGGCGCUGCGAACAGCUGAUCGAUCACAACACUCGCUCCCUCUCUCUUUCUCCCACUCUUUUGCUCUGUGUGUAUCUGCGUCUCCAAAGGCAAAAAAACAACUCAAAAGAAAGCUGGAUCGAGGAGUUAAAAAGCUUAGAGGGUUGGAAAAGUAAAUAGUGGAGUUAAAAAAAUUUUUUUUAAAGUAACUAAAAAAAGAGAAAGGCGGGCGAAACGACGCUAUAAGAAACAGCAGAUCUCCCACUCCUAAUCCUAAACAUAAAGAGUGACCCCUAGUGGUCGAGGUGAGGAAAUGGCGGGAUGACGCUACACAAUUUUAAGUGUCCCUGGUUCACUCCCUAACCAGGAAUACACUGUAUAUGUUAGCAAACGAGUACAUACGUGUUGAGAGAAACGGCGAGCACACAAACACAUUCAAGCUGAAUCCAUAUAGAUAUUUAGAGCAGUGGUUUGGAUUUCCGUUCCCUUUUUCCCCUUUCCCUUCAGUCUGUAUUUGAGAAGCAGGGUCAAGAAUGUGCGAGUCUGGUGGGGCUGUGUUUUUGUAAAGUCAAGGCUGUAUGACGACAGCUUUGAGACAGAGAAAACGUGCUCUGUUCACCUGACGCUCGAGGCUUCCAGCCCUCAUCUCGUAGCUCGUCAGCCUCUAGGAAGGGUUGAGGAAGACUUCUCUGGGAGCGGUUUCUUUCCUAUGUGGCUUUUUUUUUGGUUUUGUUUUUCUUUAUUUGCAGUGUACUUUUGUGACCAGUGACUUAUGUAUUGUGCUAUCUCAGUAUGAGAAAAGGAAAAAAAACACAUGACAGGCGUUGGCCUGUUAAAGGUUUUAAUUUGGAUUUUAUUUUUGUACCCAAAUAAUGUUGUUUAUUUUGCUUUUUCUAAGCUAAAUCUGAAUGAUAUAUGCAAGAAUGUUUAAGGGAAAAGAAAGGGGUUGCUGUCGUGCGUGGAUCAACUAAACAAGUCCUUCAGUUCUGAAAAUUAAAAGGAGCCUAGAAUCUAUUUAUCGAGGUGUAACGUUAGUGUAAGGAGGGUAGCUAGAAGCCGAUUGGCCUCGUGUUGUAGCUAGUCGUUAUGGAGGCUAAGAAAAGAGAAGGAGCUAGCUGGCUUUUCCCCGAGGAAGGUGGGACCCCUGUAAACUCCUAAAAUGUACCCCAUCUACAUCACCAUUUCCAUAGUGACUGUCCCAUCUUGCACUGUGCAAAAGAAAACCAGUAUAUGUGUGUGGCCAUGCAUUGAACAAUAAAAAGAAACUCUCAA